GCCUCUUAACAAAAUAAAAACCAUAGAAUUAGUGACACUUACUUACUCAUCGUGUCUAUUAUAUUUCAAAGUUCUAAAAUGGAACUAUGUUCCUCAAAACAGCCAUCCACAACAACACUCUCAAUAACUACAUUCAUCUUCUUCUUCCUCCUCCUCCUCUCACUCCCACACUCCACUUUUGCUUCUUCUCCCAAUGACUUUGUUGGUUCAUCCCUCAGAGUUUCUACCGCCAAAUUUGCCAACUCUGCUGAAGAAGUUAUCACCGUUUUACAAAAAGUCAUCUCUAUUUUAUCACGCUUCACUAAUGUCUUUGGUCACUCUCGCACCUCAAACGCCGUUUCGGAUUGCCUCGAUUUACUUGACAUGUCCUUAGACCAACUUAACCAGUCCAUUUCCGCUGCUCAAAAGCCCAAAGAGAAGGAUAACAGCACAGGAAAACUAAACUGUGAUCUAAGGACAUGGCUGAGUGCUGUUCUUGUGUAUCCAGACACAUGUAUAGAAGGAUUAGAAGGUUCAAUUGUAAAGGGUCUUAUAUCCUCUGGUCUCGAUCAUGUAAUGUCCUUGGUGGCGAAUCUUCUUGGUGAAGUAGUUUCCGGCAAUGAUGAUCAACUCGCAACCAACAAGGAUCGAUUUCCUUCGUGGAUCAGAGAUGAGGACACAAAGUUGUUGCAGGCAAAUGGUGUGACGGCUGAUGCUGUUGUGGCUGCUGAUGGAAGUGGAGACUACGCUAAGGUGAUGGAUGCCGUAUCGGCAGCACCUGAAAGCAGCAUGAAAAGAUAUGUAAUAUAUGUGAAAAAAGGUGUUUAUGUUGAAAAUGUUGAGAUUAAGAAGAAGAAAUGGAAUAUCAUGUUGAUUGGUGAAGGCAUGGAUGCUACUAUCAUCUCCGGCAGUCGGAAUUAUGUGGACGGUUCGACAACUUUCCGGUCAGCUACCUUUGCUGUAAGUGGUAGAGGGUUCAUAGCACGCGACAUUUCAUUUCAGAACACCGCAGGUGCCGAGAAGCACCAAGCAGUGGCGUUAAGAUCAGACUCUGACCUCUCAGUAUUUUAUCGGUGUGGGAUAUUCGGUUAUCAAGAUAGCCUAUAUACUCACACCAUGCGUCAGUUCUACCGUGAAUGCAAAAUUAGUGGUACUGUGGAUUUCAUCUUUGGAGACGCCACGGCUGUGUUCCAAAACUGUCAAAUACUAGCCAAGAAAGGGAUGCCUAAACAAAAGAACACUGUUACUGCUCAAGGACGAAAAGACCCGAACCAACCAACUGGUUUCUCCUUCCAAUUUUGCAACAUUUCCGCAGAUUCUGACCUUCUACCAUCGGUCACAACCAUCCCAACAUACCUUGGUAGACCCUGGAAGACUUAUUCGCGAACAAUUUUUAUGCAAUCCUACAUGAGUGACGCAAUAAGGCCAGAAGGGUGGUUAGAGUGGAACGGUAAUUUUGCUUUGAACACAUUGUACUACGCUGAAUACAUGAACUCUGGACCGGGUGCCGGGGUAGCUAACCGGGUGAAAUGGUCAGGAUACCAUGUAUUGAAUGAUUCGAGUGAGGCUACUAAAUUCACUGUGGCUCAAUUUAUUGAGGGGAAUCUUUGGUUACCUUCCACCGGUGUAACUUACACUUCUGGUUUGAAAGUGUAAAGUAAAUUUAACUUGACAAAUUAAUUCAUGUAUGUCUAAAUAUAAUAUUGUAUUUAGUGAUUAAAAGAGUUGUUGUAAUUCACAACGGUUCUUGGUAUUGUAUCAAAGAAAAAGUAUGUAAAAGCAAAAGGACACGGGUUACUGUUAACCCCAGUUAAUUAGCACUUGAUUAUUGGAUGUUUUCAGUUCACAUUCAAAAGAGCCAACUCUGUGCAACAAGAGGGACACAUUCACAUUCAAGUUUAUUCUAAGUACUUGGCAAAAAUUUGAGCAUGAUCUUCAA